AUGAGUACUAAGAAGCUUUCAAUUGAACAGCGGCUAUCAUUAGCUGCGAAAACUAAACCUAAAAAGAAGUCAAAGAAACUUUCUAGUCCUGUACCUGAGGUAGAUCCAAAGCAAGAUGAUAUAUCUGGUUCAAGAUCAAGAAGUGUAUUAAGUGUUGUAUCUGGUUCGGAAUUAGAAGCGGAUUCUACAGCGUCCCCUAAUACGACAACUAUAUUCGACGAAAUCUUCCCGGAUGGAUAUGACUCUUUAUCUAAUUCAGAGCUGUUGGAAAGACUGGCUCCCGAGCUUCAGAGGCUGCGAGAUGGUUUAGUUGCAGCUACUAAAAGUUUGGAGGAUGAACGCUCGAAGCGUCCAGUAGGUGCAACUGAAGACGCUUCCUUGCUGAGACUACUAAAGGAAAAGGACUUAGAGAUUGCUCAGUUGCGGAAGGAAAAGGACGAUUUAUCUAAGAAUGAAGUCAAGCAUACGAAUAUUAUUCAGGGAAUGAUCAAAAAAGAGGCCAAGUUGGCUGACUCCAUGCAAGACCUGGAAGGGAAACUGUCGGAUAAGACUGCCGCCGUUAAGGAAAUGGAAAGAGAACUCUCGAAAGUAAGACAGGAAUUGGAUCAGCGUAAUAAAAAGCUGUUCAAUUUGGAAUCUGAAUUAAAAAGCACCAGGGAAACUCACCAGAAGUUAGAAAAGGAAUAUUCAGGCAUUAAGGAGCAGUUGAAACUCUGCCAAGCUGACGUUAACUCUACAGAAUUGAAGUUAGAAGCUCUCAAAGAGGACAACGCGGAGCAGAAACGUCUAUUAAUUGAGAAAUACGAUCAAUUGAAAGCGACAUCUAAUUCAGAAAUAACGAGAUUAGAAGGAAUAUUGGAAAGCUUGCGCCUGGAGAACGAAACAUUGACUCAUGGAGGGAAGCUCGAUUCUGCUGAAAACUCCCAGUAUAAAGAACUAUUAUUGCAGUAUGAGACUGUUCAAAAGGAGUUCCAGAAGAGCAAGGACAGUUGGGUAAAGAAUGAGUUUAGUAUCAAUGAAAAGAUUCAGGUUUUGGAAACCAAACUUAAUGAAUUAGAAAGGAUAAACGCAGAAUUGACUGAGAAAUGUACUUAUUAUGAGAACGACAAACAUCGGAUCUACGCAGAACUAAAUGCAUCUAAUCAGAGGAAUGAAGAAUCUAAUAUUAGGCAACUGCAACUUGAAAAUGAGCUAAAGAAAUGCUCUGAUAAUCUCAGCAGUUUACGCGAUGAUUACAGCUUAUUACAAGAUAAAUUCGAGAUGCAAAAGAGGCAACUGGAAGCCAGGAUGAGCAAAAUGGGUGACAACUCAACACGUGUGGAUUAUUUUUCUGCUAAUUCAGCAGUUACAGAAGGCACUUCAUUUAAGGAUUAUACACCAAUAGAUGAAACUCCUUUUCCGGUUGAUCUUCCAACCUCAGAUGACGCCUCACUGCGAUCGAUUCCAGGAAGCGAUAUUCCCGAAGAAGCAGCCGAUCUAAACGCUAAUAGAAAGAGCUCUACCGAGAGCAAUCCUGCCAGUCAUGCUUUCACGGGGCCCUCAGCACCACCGGUUGCUUUAAAUCAUAGAAAUGCGCACUUAAUAAGCAAACUCAGUUCAGAACUAAGGCGGCUUGAGGCUGAAAGUUUAGCAUUAAAGGAACUAAACCGCAACCUAGAAGACGAGAAGUCAAGAGCGAAAGAAGAAAUAAUACAGCUAUUGGAGGAAAACCAAAGUGUUAAAGCACUGCGCACUAGUAAAGAUGAGCUGCAAUCCGAAUUUAAAUCUUUAGCUGCAAAGCAAGAAAAGGUUCUGCAACUUCUAGGAGAGAAAUCAGAAAGGGUAGAAGAACUGGAAAACGACGUUAAGGACUUAAAUGAACUAAUCCACAUGCAAGUGCAGCAAAUGGUGGAGUUACAGGAAGCAGCCCGUAAAUAA